AUGGCCAUUGAAAGGAAAAAAAUUGAAGACAAUGAAAGAAAUAAAUUAGCCCAAUGGCUUCUUGAGCAUAGCAUUGGAGGUAAGCUUCACUAUGGUGCAAAAAAGGAGGCAGCCCUUCUCUUCAAAGUGGAUUUGAAGACAGUGUGGAGAAUUUGGAGCCAAGUUUCACAUCAGCGAGCUUGUGGUGUACCUGUCCAGGUAAAAUCCAUAAGAAAAGGAAGCACAUACAAGAAUAAGCUGAGUAUUGAUGUUGAAAAAGUGAAGAAUCUGUCUGUGCUUCAAAGAUCACCAAUGAGAGUCAUGUCUACAAACCUAGGAGUGUCUAAGUCUAUGAUUCACAAGUGGGUAAAGCAAAAAAAAUUGAAACCACACACAAGUGCUAUCAAACCAUUUCUUACCCCACUUAAUAGGCUGUCAAGACUUAGAUGGAGCUUAAAUCAGUUAAGUUCAGUAAGUGAUGGAGGUUUUAUAAACUUCCAAACCAUGUACAACACCAUUCAUAUUGAUGAAAAAUGGUUUUACCUUACUAAAACCAAAGAUAGGUAUUACCUCAUGCCGGAUGAAGAGGAACCGUACAGAACAUGCAAAUCAAAGAGGUUCAUUGACAAGAUUAUGUUCAUGUGUGCUGUAGCACGUCCUAUUAUUGACAUAGAUGGCACAGUUUUAUUUGAUGGAAAGUUGGGCAUCUAUCCCUUCACAACAACAGAACCAGCUAAGAGAAAUUCAAAGAACAGAUUGAAAGGAACCAUGGAAGUCAAGCCUAUUGCAGCCAUUACUAAGGAAGUCAUAAAAGCUUCCCUCAUUCAAGAGAUGGUCCCCUACUUUAAAGCUAAGUGGCCACAGACAGCAAACAAGAACAUUAUCAUCCAACAAGACAAUGCCAAACCCCACAUAAAACCUGAUGAUCCGGACUUUUUAGCGGUUGCAAACACUGAUGGAUUUAAAUUCCAACUUGUGUGCCAGCCUGCUAAUUCAUCGGAUACGAAUGUGAAUGAUCUUGGUUUUUUCAGGGCUAUACAGACAUUGAAAGAUCGGAAACCAGCAAGGGAUGUGGAGGAGUUGCUUAAGAAUGUGAAAGAUGCCUAUGAUGAAUAUCCACCUGAGAAGCUAAACAAUGUAUUUCUGACUUUGCAAGGCUGUUACCACGAAAUAAUCAAGGCAAAGGGUGGGAAUAACUACAAGAUUCCCCACAUGAACAAAGACAGACUCACAAGACAAGGCAUGCUACCAGAUUGUAUUCAGGUUGAAGAAGGGCUGGUGAGGGAAAGCCUAGACUUCCUACAGUUGGAAUGUGAAAUUCAGAACCUUGGAGAUGUCAUAGAAGGGAUGCAGCAGGUAGGGAUUAAUGAGUAG